AUGGAUUGGGCGUGUCUCAACGACGCCCCCGCGCUCGCCGACGCCGACGCCGAGCGCAAGGCGAAGCGUACGCAAGAAGCCGAGGAGUCCAGACUCGCGAGCUCGUACGAAUCCGCUCUUAGACUCGCCGCCGAUGGCUCGCUCGACGACGCGAUCGAUGGCCUGCGAAAGGUGUUGUCGAACGCCCUGCUGAACCGCGAGGAUGCGUCGUCGCGCACGCUUCGGGUGAAGUUUUUAGCGCUGAAGAAUCUUGGAAAGUUGCUCGAGCGGCGAGCGGCGAGCGCCGAGGACGGCGCGGAGGCUUUGAGAUGUUACGCACGCGCGGUGGAGAUGGACGACGGUGAGGCAGCAUUAUGGGGCCGGUUGGGUCGGUUGGCGUGCGCGAAGGGUGAGCUCGGGGUCGGAAGGAUGGCGUACGAGCGGGCGACGUCGCUGAGUCCGAGGAACCAGCUGUUUUUGGAGGAUUUGAGCGAGCUGUGCCUGACGGCGGGUGAUUUCGAGAGUGCGAGGGCGAUCGCUGGGGCGAUCGCGGCGAUCGAUCCGGCGAACGCGAGAGCGAGGGCGAUGAAGCGGGCGCCGGAGACGCUAGAACCGACGAGGGCGAUGAAGGCGGCUCGAGAAGCUGCGGCGCCUUUGAUGACGGACCAGGACGAGGUGGCUAUUCGAUUCGGCGUAGAGGUGGAGAAGACGUGGGGUAUCAUUGCCGCCGUCCUCGCUAGGCUCGGUGGUCUCGAGUCACUGGAGUUGAAGGACGCGGACAAGGGUACUAAGACGACCGAAAACGAGGGUGCGGGAGCGAUGGGAGGGGAGACGCCGCAGAGAAUGGACACCAACACCACUCCGCCUACGCCAGCGCAGUCAAAGGAGACGACGGCUUCUCCGUCUGGCGUUGACGACGACGAUGAAAAUGAAGACGGCGUUCUGACUUCAUCGGUCGCCGCGUACAUGAAAUCGGUUCAAAAUGUGGAGAUUCCUCGUGACGUGAUGGGUCGGAAGAUUCGUUUCGUGUUUGAACAAACUCCUGCCCCGGCAUCUCCGAUUCGGGUGCCUAUUCAAAGCAUGGACCAGGCGGAAGUCAUGGAAAUAGACGUUGUUACGACUGAUGACGCCGUCGAACCGACGCCGUCGCAAGUUACUCGUGAACUGCCCGCGAGUCAAUCUGAGAAGCCGGGAUCGUCGACGCCCAUGACGAAAAGGGUGACAAAAUCAAACAUCGCUCCAAGCAGAAAGUCAAGGCGCCAGGAAGAUUUGGACGCGAAGAAGGCGAUCGAAGAAGAGAAAGCUAGAAUAAUUGCAGAGCAGGAGGCGGCUCAGAGAGCUGUCGAACUUGAAGAGCGAAAACGCGCCGCUGAGGCCAGGAAGUGGAAACCAGAAGUCAAUGUAAGUCACGCCUUGUUAAAGCUCAUUGGAGCUGAAGAUCCUGUCGUUGCGGCAGUGAAGAAGGCGACGACCGAUGUCGCCGCAGCGGCGGAUCGCGCGCUCAGCUUGAAAAAGAAACAUCAAAAAGAGCAAAAGGAGGCUGCAGCAAAGAAGGCUGCGCUGGAACGAGAGAAGAAAACAUCUCAAAGAGUUCUGUCUUUCAUCAGCGGUAUCGAUGGCGCGAACGGUGGCGCCGCGCAUGUGGCUUGGCGAUUCCUUUCCACGACUGCUGCACGUUGGCGUCCGGAUGCGGAGGAUGAUUGUGCACCCGACCCGUGGGCAAUACUCACACUUUAUCGCAUCUAUGGCGCGGGUCCAGGUGAUGAACUUUCGUCCAAGGCUCGAGUACUUCUGUGCCUCGCGGACACUUGUAUUUUAGCCGCCCGAUCUUGUGCGCUCGGGCAACCCAAUCGUACGUUCUUUCGCAACAUGGCGGUGAAAGCGUUGGAAAAAUCGGCGAUAGAGAUGGAGAAGGACUUAUCUCAUGACUUCCAUGCCGAAAGCUUGUUCUUACGACACAAACUUGCGGAUCUUGAUGGCGAAGAGCCAAGCGUGAGCAAGUAUUACCUAGAUCAGGCACAGAACUUUGCACCUGAUGAAUCAGAACUUCCAAAGCCACCCAAAGCGAUCGACGACGCGGCGCCUGUGCGUUUCAGCAAGCAAUCAUUGCGCGCGGCGAUGGAUGCGAUGAAAGUCAAAGAAGUCGUCACUGGCGCAGCUUCGAGGUUUGCCAAGGGUCAGACGGCAGAAAUAGUUUCGUCCUUGACGCCAUUACUCGUGCCCGAUGACGAAGACGAAUCCGCAGAAACCUCGGAAGAUUUGUCAUUGACGCAGUCAGAAAAGCAAGACGCUCUCAAGGUGCUCGCAGCGGCCGCAAAGAAAGAGGGAAGCUCGUGUGUGGUCAUUGAACUUAAGGCGCUCAAGAUGGUGUACGAUUUGACGAAAGAUCACACGAUGAUCCGAUUGAUGGCGGAGGCGAUAGAAUCGGCAAGCACGACCCCAAAGUUCUCAAAACUGGCAUUGGAUACCGCGGAGUCACUCGGGCUGCAAAGCCUAGCGGCAUUACUCUUCGAGGCGCACUACACCGAGCUCGCAGCUGAGCCAUCUAUUCUGAAGAAGAAUAAACCAUCUCGUAUCGCUGCUGCGAGUAUGGAGGCGUCGGCGCUCUUGAUCGCCUCAGUUCAGUACGCCUCGAAGGCGAAAGACGCCGAAGUGAUUGAGUUGCAUGAAAAGCUUCACGAACGUCUCGCUGACUGUCGAUGCUGUUGCGGUGAGGCUCGUAAGGGAGUCUUCCUUAGAUCUUCUUUGGUUCAUUUGGCCAAGUGUAGAAAUCGCAUUACCAAGGCGCGCGAUCAACGACACGCAAACGAGCCAUCAAACCAGCGUAAAACGAAAGUGAAUGUCAUGAAGCGCGUGGGAAGCCAUUCGGAUGGCGUCGGUCAGGAUGAUGAUGCCGAUGGUGAGUCGCGUCGGCGGGUGCGUCGUCAGCGUAGCAAAGUUUCGAGUGUUGAGGGUGAGGAUCGCACGCCGCAAGACAAGGCUGAUCGUAAAAUGUUGAUCAGGCUCGAUAAACUUAUCAUACAGCUCUGUUAUUGCCUUUAUGGAUUCGAGUUGGAAGGGCCCACGAGACGCUGUCGCGAUGAAGGUGGAGCGUGCGACUCCAUGUUGAAGAUCACAAGCGAGCGAGAUGCGGCAGAUCUUUGGUUGGCGAUACAACCGUACGCAAUCGCUAACAAAGAUCCUGAAACAGGAUACAGCAAGCAGAUCAAGACCGUUCUCACCGCGAUUCGUGAGAAAAUUCAAGAACCUCCCAGGACGCAUCAAGGUAUACAGGUGGAGCGGUACUUGGCCGCGAGCGUCUCAUCAGGAAACGUUGGCGUGAUCACAGAGGAGGAUAGACAGCUCGCUCGAGCGCUCAUUUCACAACCGACUGCAGAUCGAGUCAUUGCGAGCACACGUACGAACUCGACGCCGACGAAGGAUGGUGUGUUGCAGUCGCCAAUCGCCACUGAAAGUCCGAGAGAGGCCACGGCGAUAAAAUCUGCGGAAGCAAAGAUUUCUUCGUUUGCCGACGUGUACAAGACUUUGUUCCAAUUUUGCGCCGAAGUCGAUCUGUGGUCCCUCGAGGUGGCUCUAGAAGACGAAGCGACAGAUUAUCAAGAUCUAUACAUGUUGCUUGAAAGUGUGACCCCGUGGGGAGUGAGCAACUUUAUGGCUAAGAGAGCCUCAAAGGCCUCGUCACAGGUGGCUGAUGAGACUGAAUCCUUAUCAGCGCCUGACCAGAGCGCCGAAGUCACACGAAUGUGCAAGCUAGACAUCGAAUACAAUCCGACUAGCCCACAAAGCUGGAUCGCUUUGGCAGAUCACCUGGAUAACGUGAAGGAUAUUGUUUUGAACGACGCUGCAAAAAUUGUGCCGGUUUUGCGCUACCGCAACUCCAACAUGAUGCCAACGGUGCAGAUGGUUCAGUUGGCGAUUCGUAGAUCUUUGGUCGCGGCGGAGGAAGCGCUCAUAAUGACCCAUUACGCGGGUCAUCCGGAAACGGAGUGGGUGCGCUCUCAAAUUUAUGACAGGCUCGGUCAAACUGCAUAUGAGCAUGUUCAAGACUCUCCGCCGGUCUAUGAUGGUCGCGAGUUCGCUCUGGAUAAGACAUCAGAGGCGUUCGUUUCGUCCAUGGAAAUGAGUAAAUACGCAUUCCACAAAGCGGCGACGUGCACUCCCGACCAAUGGACGUAUCCAUAUUUCUUGGCCAAACUUGCUAAGAAGUCCGGCGAGUCGUUGCAAGACGUCCUCAAGCUGCAUCACAAGGCGUGGCAGUUAAGGCCCGGCUCCAUUGAAGCCUGUUACCAAGUGCAAAACAUACGGGUACGCUUGCUGAUGUCCAUCUCUCUAGAGCAAAGGAAGAAAAUGACUCCAGAAUCACAAGCAAUCACCCUCAGCGUGCUUAAGAUGUCUUACGAUCCAGCGCAAAUGCAAAAUAGCUGGAUUGGUGCGUACAGAGAUGCCGUCGAGGCGUUGUUGGCAGUCCACAAGAACUAUCCAACAUUCCACAAGGCGAACUAUCGCAUCGCUUGGGCACGCCUGAAAAAGUCUCCAGGUGAUAUUGGUCAUUGCAAAAAGGCUUUGGAAUAUCUCCACCCCUUGUUCAGACAUCCGAGAACGGGCACUUUCAAGGUGUGUAUGGUUGAGAUUGAUGAUGCCAAUUUGCGCAUCAAGAGCAAUCGCGAAGAUGAAGAAGGGAUCGUUUACGAAAGCGGCAUUAACGAGUCUCGCCGCCGUUACAUCUCGAAUAUCCGACGUGCUUUGCGACUAUAUCUCUCCAUGCUCUACACGAUUGAAGACGUGCAGACACUCGCCGCCGCUUCGUCCUACAUUUCAGAUUACAAAUCGACGGCGAAGACGCGUUUGCCAGUCAUCGCUCUCAACUGCAAGGACAUCAAGUUUUUCUCGUUGGGUCUGCUUUUACGCGCUUUGACUUCGAUGCUCGCUCAGAAGGAUGUCAGCAAUGAGGGUUCCUCUGAAGUUACCGCGCAGUUCCUCAGUCGGGACGCACUCCUCGAAAUGGCUUACAACCUUUGGUUUGAGUUCGCCAUCCCGGCGCGAGGUAAUGUCAUGUCUUGGGAGCAAAACGUCGAAGCAGCGUAUGCUCAGCUCGAGUGUGAGGAGAAAUGCGUGGACGAGAGUGUUGACCUCGUCAGGGCUCCCUAUGCCGCUGCGUUUUUCAAUGCGAAGGAGAUUUUGAAAACGUCUCCGCUGUUGAACUUUGAGCGGUUCGCACUCGAUCGUGUGAAGGAUCUCGAAUCGCGAGAAGACUUGAACUCUCUGGCUGCGAACUUGUCCCUGUGUCAGAAUCGCAUCAAAGAGUUCAGCAGCCCCAUCGAGCAGCAAGUGAGGGAAUUAGGAAGCGAACGCCUGAGGACGCUCGUCGAAGCGCACAAGGAAGCUUUUAUCAGGUGUUCCACAGAUACGAUCGAGCUUCUUGCGAAUGGAAAACUCACGCUUCGACCCAGUGGUUUCGAUAUGAUCGAAUUGGAUGACGACAGGGAGAUGGGUGACGAUAGAACUGGCGACGCUGCGGCUGCCGCGACGACUGCCUCCACCAAGUCUUCGACAAAUUUCAGCGAGGUUGUCCUCGUCACCGCCCGCCGGCUGCACGCCGCGACGAAGCAAGAGUCGAGCCAACGAGUGAACGACUACAUCACCGAGCGGCGUAACUCUCUUCAGAAGAUGCUUGACGGUAUCGACGCAGGAUCUUCGCUGAGUGACCUCGGUGUCCUGGACCCACCCUUGGCCGCGAAGACGUAUGCGGAGCGAAAGGAAACCGAGCUCGAAAUUGAACGUUUGAAGAAACUGCACAGCGAACUCGUGGAGAAGGCCAUGGCUACAGAGAGUGCGGCUGCGGACCCCGAACAACUCAAGCUUGUCAGGACUGCGUACGAGGAUCUCACGACGGCGAAUGAAAAAUUCGAGCGUCUCAAAUCCGAAGACGCUAUCAACCAGACGCAGUAUCGAGAGGAGACCGCCUCGAUCGCGCAACAGAUGGGCAAGAGCGACAUCACGAACGCCGACUCCGCGAAAUACCUCAUUCGCGUCGUCAACGCGAUCGCUCGUCGGGAGAUCACCGAUAUCGAUGAGGCUGAGCGCGAGGCGGAGACGCGUUUCCAAAAUCUCCGCAAGCUCGCCUCUGACUUGCGCAAAAAGUCUGGACGCUCGCGCGCGAGAAAGCCCGCGACCAAGGACGCUGCCGUCGCCGAUCCCGUCGAGCAGGAGCAAAAUGACGCCAACGUGCACACCGAAACGCCGGUGAACGACCCCGCGGACGCCAACGUCCCGGACGCGACGACCGAUCGAGAAGACGCCGACUAG